CUUUUAUGCACGCAUGCUGGCCAGGCAAACGUUCACAGCUUCUUUUAAACUUCCAGGGUCUCACAAACGAAAAAACCUUCAGCUCAGCACAGUUUUUUUGAUUAUAUCUCGAUUCCAUUCUCAUCGAAUGGCUAUCAGUUCUUCUACCUCCUCGUGGCGACGCGUUACACCUACACGCGACACGAUACCCCCGUUCUCAGUAUUCACGAAACCUAUAGAAAAGUCUCAGCAAGAUGAUAGAGAGUACAGAAUUAUUAGACUGGAGAAUGGGCUAGAAGCAACGCUUGUUCAUGAUCCUACAGCAGACAAAGCGGCUGCGAGUUUGGAUGUAGCGGUCGGGCAUCUGUCGGAUCCAGAUGAUAUGCCAGGCCUCGCACAUUUUUGUGAACAUCUGUUAUUCAUGGGUACCGAGAACUUUCCUAAGGAAAACGAAUAUAGUGAAUAUCUAGCCAAGAACAAUGGCUCUUCCAACGCUUACACGUCCCUUUCUAACACCAAUUACUACUUCAGCAUAUCUACCUCCCACCUUUCUGGUGCUCUUGCUCGCUUCUCUUCAUUUUUCCAUUCUCCUCUCUUUGCACCUUCUUGCACGACCCGAGAACUCAAUGCUGUCGACUCUGAACACAAGAAGAAUCAUCAACAAGAUCUUUGGCGUAUCUUCCAGGUCAACAAGCAUCUCAGUAAGCCGGGACAUCCAUUCAGCAAAUUUGGAAGCGGCAACAAAGAGUCAUUGAGCCGGAAAGCCCAAGAAUUAAAGGCAAAGGGGAAGUUACCCACCAUCAACCCAGCUCCAACGGACUUGUCCACACUGCAGGUCCCUCCCUCUCCACUUCCAUCCAGAAUGGCAUCACCAGCCCCUUCGGACAUAUCGACGAACAGCGAUGUAGACUCGGAUGGUGGCGCAGUCGGACGAGAGACGCGCCGACGCUUGAUCGAGUGGUGGGAGAGGGAGUAUUGUGCGUCAAGAAUGCAUCUUUGUGUGAUUGGAAAGGACUCCUUGAGCGAUCUUUCUGAACUCGUAUCCACGCUGUUCUCUCCGAUACCCAACCGUGGAAUAGACCCUCUUCCCACGAUCCCGGACCAUCCUUGGGGUCCGAAUGAGAAAGGGACUAUUGUCUCCAUUCCGACAAUUAUGACAAUGCACAUGCUGGAGAUCGCCUUCCCGCUUGAUCCUCAAGUAGAGCACUGGAGACAUAAACCGGCAAAUUUCAUCUCACACUUGAUCGGGCAUGAAGGUCCUGGGUCGCUUCUGUCAUUACUCAAGAAGGAGGGUCUGGCAGUCAGUCUUAGUUGCGGUCCUCAGGCGUUGGGAAGAGGUUUUGAUCUGUUGAGAGUUACCAUUGAGUUGACUGAAAAGGGAUUCAAAAACUAUCAACAGGUCGUCCUCCUCUCUACGAAAUACUUUAAUCUCCUCCGCUCUCAAACACAUUUUGAGUCUUUCCAUCAACAUCAGACAUCCUCUCUAUCGCAUACUCGAUUUCGAUUUCUGGAGAAAAGAAAGCCCGAUGGUUACGCAACAACUAUCGCUGAAACGAUGGCUAAGCCAUUUCCGAGGGAAUUAUUAUUAGCUGCUCCUAACGUCACCUGGAAUUGGGGCGAUGAGUAUCCUGGAUACGAGAAAAACGGGAACGGGGAAGUAAAGCUGAAGGCUCUCUUGAAUGGACUCAGGAUCGAGGAAGGAAGAGUGUUGUUGAUGGGUAAAGAGGAUGAGUUGGAACGAUUACCACGUUUUGACACCACCGUGCAAUGGCAACAGGAACCAUGGUAUGGAACGAAGUAUCGGGUCGAAAGGUUCCCCGAGGAGUUUGUCAAGGCGUGUUCGGCAGGACCAGCAGUACCGGAUCUGUUCCUACCUGGAUCGAAUCAAUUCAUUCCAGAGAAUCUGACUGUUGAGAGGAAGGACGUGGCCAAACCGCAAAGACGGCCGCACCUGAUCUGGUCAACGCCCCUCUGUAGUAUGUGGCACAAGAAGGACGACCGGUUCUGGGCUCCCAAAGCAGAAAUCACCAUACACAUACGGAGCCGGUUCUCCGAUAAUACACCCCGUUCAACGGUGCUUACGCGACUCUAUACUGACUUGGUCACUGAGUCCUUAACGGAAUUCUCGUAUGACGCUGAAUUGGCUGGACUCAAGUAUGAUUGUCACUCAAGUAGUAAAGGCUUCUAUGUUGUUCUCCGAGGUUACAACGACAAGAUGGACGUGUUGGCGGGUAAAGUGCUUGAGCGGGUUAAAGGGUUGAAAGUUGACGCCGAAAGGUUGGAACUUGUGGUGGAGAAGAACAAGAAAGCUUGGGAGAACUUUUUCAUGGGACAAUCGUAUGGACUUGCAAAUUAUUACACCUCAUACAUCCUUUCAGAAAAGGCAUGGAAGAUAGAGGAGUUAUUAAGGGAGUUGCCUGGCAUUACCCCCGACGAGGUCGAGAAACAUGCAGCUCUUCUUCUCUCCCAAGUUCAUAUAAGCAUGUUGGCUGUGGGUAAUGUCACUCAGGAGGAAGCCGUUGACAUCGCAGAGAUGGUCGAGUCAGGGUUAGGCCCACUCGAGAAGGACGUGGAACCUAGCGACCUGAACGAGUUCGCGUUGGUGCUCCCUCCGGGAAGCAACUACAUAUACCCUUCUCUCAUCCGCAAUCCCGCCCAAGCCAACAACGCCCUAACCUACUACCUUCAUUUCGGCGAGAUGAAUGAUGCACGACUUCGAAUAGUUUCGUCGUUGUUGACCCAGAUCAUGACGGAACCGGCGUUCAAUAUCCUCCGAACUAAGGAACAGCUGGGGUAUAUUGUACAUUGUUCGGGUUUACUACUAUCGGGAUCAACAUUGAAGGGGCUGAGAAUAAUCGUGCAAUCGGAGAAACGGCCUCAUUAUCUGGAGGGACGUGUCGAAACAUUCUUGGAGGGCAUCAAGACGAUGCUAGAAGACAUGUCUGAUGCAGCAUUUGGCGAGCAUAAGGAGGGUUUGAGGAGGAAAUGGACCGAAGAGUGGAAGAACCUUAGUGAGGAAAGUGCAUCGUACUACUCCUAUAUCAACAGCGGCUCUUUGGAUUUCUACAGAAGGGAUAAUGACGCCGUCGCAAUCCAGUCAGUGACAAAAGCCGAUGUCAUGGACUGCUUUAUGAAAUACGUCCACCCCUCGUCUCCCGUAAGAGCCAAGCUUUCGGUACACAUGCUGUCACAGAAAGUACCCCCGAGGAAAGUCAGUCCUGCGGCUGCGGAAGCGUUCGAAACGUUGGUUCGCCAGCGGGAUUUGGGCAUCACCGGUGCUUCUGCAACUCCGUUCUCCGAGCAAAACCCCACCAUUACAGAGUUUGUGGCGUAUUGGGCCGGAGUAAUGAAAGUUGCAGGGGUCAAGGAAGAAGAAGCGCAGACGAUUCUGAAGAAUAUACAGGUUUUGGUUGAGAGGUAUCCGUGUGACGGUGAAGAGGGGCUGAAGGAUGAGGUACUAGAAGGAGCGACUUAUAUAAAGGACGGGGAGAUCCAGGAUGUUAAGAAGGGUUUGGCGAGGUCGGCAAAGUAUCCUGCUGUUGUGGAAUGGCAGGAUAUGGUAGUUGUGCGGAGUAGGUUGUAG